AUGGAUGAAGAAGUCUCGCUGAUUAUUUUGAUAGGGUGCGGCCUGCUGAUUGACCUCGAGGCAUACCUUGAGAUAAAUCCUGAACAAUAUUCGAUGGAUAAUAACGACUGGAAUGAUCACUGGCGACAAGAAUUACAAGACGAUGUGAAAAAGCAUUCGAAAAAACAAUACAGGCGUAAAAUCUACGUUCUUGACGGCCACAGACCCUGGAACUUGGACAAUUUAUUUAACACUGAUAUGGUGGUGUGUUUUGAUGAUGGUACCGUAGAUAAUGGUUUACACGAUGAAAGAGAUGCUUACCUUGAACUUGUUCAACUUUAUGCAGCCGAUGAAGGUGAUACCGACGCCGACUCAGAGCUGGAAAGUGAGGCAGUUGAAGAUCUUUCAGACGAACAAAUUGAGCUGGACGAUGAUGAUGAUGUACGCAAUUAUAAGAUCAUGCAAAACAGAAAAAGGCAGCAGUUGCGAGCAAAGCACCAUCGUAAUGCAUUGGAAAUCAUCAUACAAGAUUACUAUAACCAAGGCAGUACUGUUGCCACUUCUACAUCAUCCUUGAUAUAUGCCCUCAUGACAAAGAUUGGUGAGACCCUGAUUGAUAAUCUCUGGUUGGCAAUUGUUGGUACAAGCUCACUUGACUCAAAUUACCCACAAGUGUAUGACAAAUUGCAGCCGAUAUUUAGAGACGAGGUCCAUCGUUUGGUGCCGCUGAGUCAUUUCGAAGAUAACGAGAAAACUGCCGACACAAUGACGUUGACUGUUGAAAGAGACUAUCACUUGUUUCUUUUGAGACAUUGGACACUCUAUGACUCCUUCACCUACUCCUCUAUGGUGAAUGCUAAACUCAAUUUGUGGACCCAGGAUGGGAAGAAGCGAUUACACAAGAUGUUAGCAAAGAUGGGCGUAUCAUUAGCUGUAGCCCAACAAAAAUGGUUGUACAUGGACGUGAGAAUCAAGAAACAAUUGCCAUAUAUCUUUUCGAAAUACCUCCCUGUUUAUGGGCUUGAAGGAAUAGUUCGUGAAGGGUUUUUCCGAUACUUUGGUUAUACCGUGCAAUUACUGGCAAUGGAAUGUGUGGAAGCCUUGACCGCCCUUUUAGAAACACUGGCAAAUUCAAGUACUGGAGUCGAAGAAGAAUUGGAUAAUGGUACCAUAAACAAAAACAUCGUGAAACGGGAGCAAUUGUGGAUUGAGAAUUUUUGGAGAGGCUGGGAUGCUCUUGACUUGGCUCCUACAACCACUCAACUGGCUCUUGGGACUCGCAUAAAAGGAUAUGACUUACUCCUUGAGGGUCUUGGGAAAGCUAAAGAAGUCCAACAAAUUGUAUUCCGCACGGGAAUGUCACUCUUGGAGCGCAAACUUAUUAAAAACUUGAGACUAUACAGACUUUGUGUGCUUUACGAUAACGCUAUUCCUGAUUUGGCGGUGUUUGUGAACCCCCUAAUGCUUGCAAAACUCGGAACAUGGCUUUUGGAUAACUUAACUGAAGUUGACUACAAACUGCAUCAAGUCCAACUUAAACCGCUUGUUGUUGCUUCUUUGGAUGUUAACAGUGAUACAUAUAUGGUGAUGGGGUUGGCACCAAAAUAUCCCAGAGAUAUGGAUGCCCUGGCUCGUGCUCGUUUGAUACAGCAAGGAUCCUCAACUACUCGACUCAAUACGUUUAGCGUGGCGUUCAAGGAGCUUGCAGCGUCACUGGGAGCCAAGGUUCGCGUUGAUUCAUUUAAUAGCGCUGCUAUCGAGAUCCGCAAAGAUGAUUUACUGCCUUUUCUUGAAAAGCUUACGCUUUCGGGUAUUAUAUAA